ACCGCACGCAAUUCUUCAAAUUUGGAUUUAGGACUCAUUCAAAUAUUUUUCUCCGGUGAUUGAUUUGUUAAUAAAUUUGAUUUUUCGAUUGGGAAAAGCCAUGUGUGACAUUUGAAAAAUUUCAAAGCUUGAAAAAAAGAAUAAUUGAACCUCCUUCAUCUGUUGAACUGAUUGUUAAGGAACUGUCGGGACAUUAAUAGUCAACACAGCUGACACGUGCUAAGAUGUCUGAUUUCGAUGCAGCAUCAAAUCCACAACAACAAACAACGGUGAAUGCAAAUCAACAGCAGACUUCAAUGAAUGUUGGAAACGUUGCUGGUCCAAGUGGUAUUCAAGCGCAACCGCAAGCAUUUCAUCAGCAACAGCAAACGCUAAAUCCGAAUGCACCUAGUGGAUAUGUUCAAGGGAAUAAUAUUUCACAGGUGAUGAAUCUUCAACAGCAUUCGCAGCAGCAGCCUCGAUUAUCAGUCCAAAUGGGUGGAUCAUGGAUGCAACCCAUGCAAAGUAUGUACACGACGACGAAUGCAAGCCAACAGCGAAUCGCAACGAAUUUUGGAAACGUUGGAAAUGUGGGAAAUACUAGGUUUUCUAAUAAUGCCAUUCUUCGUCCACCGAAUCUACAAUUGCAACAACAAACGCUUAUGAUGACGCAAAAAAAUCAAAGCACAAACAACCCUGACCAACAGCUAAAAAUCCUAAAAAUCCUAAAAUCCAAUACGCAGCUCAUGUCAGCAUUUGUUAAGCAACGACAGGCUCAAAAUCAAAGUCAAAGUGCACCUGGCGCAAUUUUGCAAGGAAAUGUGUCGCAGAAUCUUCAACUUUUGCAAUCCAUACCAAAUAUGCCCACGGCAACUAAUGCAAAUCAACAGCAGGCCCCAACGAAUAAGGGAAACGUUGAAUUUUCUAACAAUUGCAUUCCUCGUCCACCGAAUCUACAAUUGCAACAACAAACGAUGAACAUAACUGCUGGGAUGCAAUUGGGUCACAGUGCACAGAACAUUGGUAAUCAAGGGCCUAAGCUGGCGUUGCAGCAGCUAAAAAUUCGAAGCACAAACAACCCUGACCAACAGCUAAAAAUCCUAAACAUCCUAAAAUCCAAUCACCAGCGCAUGUCAGCAAUUGUUAAGCAACGACAGGUUAGGCCUAAGCAGGCGUUGCAGCAGCUAAAAAAUCAAAGCACAAACAACUCUGACCAACAUCUAAAAAUCCUAAACAUCCUAAAAUCCAAUCACAAGCUCAUGACAGAUUUCAUCAAGCAGCGACAGCAAGCACAAAGCCAAAAUCCAAAUGCAUCUGUUUUUUCACAAGUCGUGUUACAGGCGAAUAGUUCUCAACAGCAAAUCGGCAUAGGAAAUGCUCAAAAAUCUAUCGAUACCACAAAUGCACCAACAACGACAACACAAUCGAGCGUUGACUUGACUUCAGAAGACGUAUCUUCAACACCUUCUAUUGGAAAUUCACCGCCCACAAAAGAGUGGCACAAUUCCAUCAAAGCCGAUUACCGAAAUCACAUAAGGAAUGAGCUAGUGCAAGCAAUGAUGCCACCGCCCGAUCGGAGGAAACGUACGUACAAGGAUUCCACUUUGGAAGCAAGGAAAAUUGAAAGUGACGUAUACGAACGUGCGAACUCAGAAGCUGAAUAUCAUCGUUUGAUCGCCGAAAAUAUCUAUAAAUUGUAUAAGGAAAUGGAAGAGAAACGUCAGCAAGAUGAAUGAAAUUCAAGGAAAACGAAAAAAUAAAAUAUUUAGAUUCAGGAAUAGUUGUAGUGAAAUCUGAUAUGACCAUACACCAUUACUCAUAUAUACCGUUUCAAAUCGAUAUUAUGUGCAAGUUACUCAAUAAUAUGAAAUUAAUUUAGGAGAAAAGAUUCAACAAGACUCUUGUUACAAGAAUAAUCAUUUCUUUUUUUCUUCCAAAUGAGCGAUAUAUCAAAUCCAUAGCAAAUGUAGAUAAGCAUUGAAUCAAUAUUUACAAAAAGUCUAGAAAUGCGACUAACAAAUUGCAACGGUGCAAUUUUUAUUCGAAGAAUAUGGGCUUUAGAUUAUUUUUGAUUACAGUACAUAAGUGAACUGAACCAUUCCAUGAAUCAUCAUUCUUUCUGAAUAAAAUUGAAUGUUGGUUGAA